GCAGCAGUUAUGAAGAUUCAUAUGCAGUUCAGCUGGUGAUGGAGGAUUUUCCCAGACAGACCAUCACUCUGACUCGUUAUGAUGGUUCAACGUAUUCAUGGAGCCCCAGCAGCUUCAUGAGCCAAAUCUCUGUCCAGUUUGUUUUCAAAGUGGAUCCUGCAGCUCCGUCCUGCACAGCAGGUGAAUAUCUGCCCAGGUUUCUGCCUCCAACUCCUGAACAUGGAGCUCAGUUCUUCAUAAACGUUAAUGAGAUGAUAGAAAUCAACAUCAGAGCAGAGGCGACUCAGUCUGAGAUCACUGAGCUCCUGUUCAGCGGACCGGUCAACAUGAUCAAGAAUUCAUCUGGUUCAGGAUAUUUCACCCUGAGAUGGAGGCCGUCUUUCAGUCAAAAUGAUGAUAAUGAAAGCCAUCCCAUCUGUUUUGUUGUCCAGGCAAAUGCCUCCAGUUCUAUCUACCAGUCUGAGCUUCGAUGUGUCAUUGUGAGGGUUGGAAACACACCUUUCAUAGCGACUCCAAGUCCUCCUCCUAAAACAUCUCGUCUUACGGUUCUGAAGCUGAAGAUCUCGACUACGCUGUCACUGAAAGACAAUAAAGAUAAACUCGAGAAAGCGAUUAAAGAUGAACUGAUCAGACGAGGGCUGCCUCCAGACAUAAAGGUCCGCCUGCUGAGCGACGGUUCAGUGAAGGUUAAUAACUAACCGCCCCCUAGUGGCUAACAAUGAGAAUGAAUCUGAUCCAUGCAGUAAAAUGUUUAUCUGGGUUUAUCUGUUUUUACUUCUUGUACCUUCUAUGUAGGGAUUAUGGUUGCUUUAGGUAGUCUGACUAAACUUACUAAUGAAAUUAAGCAAAAAUAGAGAGAAUUUCUAUUUCUGUGUGAAUUUAAAAAAUAUCAUGAUACUUUCAUAAAGGUAGGUUAUAAUUAUCUAUCAGUUAUUAAUAAUAAGACAAUGAACAGAAAAACAUGUAAAUAAAAUCAAUAUUUGGUUCCACCUGAACUUUUAAUGAGGGCAGGUGUUUACAUGUGAUUUGUAUGUAUGCAGCCAUUUUGCUUUGCAUGUUUUGUAUGUAGAGAGUCUAUAAGCUCAUGUGGGAAUUUAUUUGAUUGUCUUUAGAAACAGCUCUUUAAAUAAAUAAAUAUUUCAAAAUUAA